AUGCUCUAAAUCUACGAUAUAAUGGGUGAUCUCAGAGCCUCUAUGAUUGACAGACCACUCAUUUUGGAUGGUGGCCUAGCAACGCAGUUAGAAGCCGCGGGUCUUCAGUUGCAGGGCGAUCCGUUAUGGAGUGCUAGAAUCCUUCACACGAACCCCGCUGCUAUCAAAGAUGUACACAACAGAUAUCUUCAUAGUGGUGCUGAUGUCAUAACGACCGCCACAUAUCAGGCUAGCAUUGAGGGAUUUGUCAGUCACUUGGGUCUCACCCAUGAACAAGCUCAGCAACUGUUAAUGUCAGGGGUUGAGCUGGCGAAACAAACGGUGAAAGAUUUCAGCUCUGGAGGUCUUCUGUCAGACAGAAGAAUGCCGUUGGUGGCAGGCUCUGUAGGGCCUUAUGGGGCGUUUUUGCACGAUGGCUCUGAGUACACAGGCAGAUACGAGGAGAAAAUGAGUAUAGAGGAGCUCAAAGCCUGGCAUCGACCUCAGAUCCAGUGCUUAGCUGCAGCAGGAGCUGACCUCAUUGCCAUGGAAACAAUCCCAAGUCUUAAAGAGGCUGAGGCACUAGUGGAACUUCUCAGAGAGUUUCCUGACUGUAAAGCCUGGUUGUCCUUCUCAUGCAAGGACAAAGAAAGUAUUUCAAGUGGGAAGAAGUUCUCUGAAGCUGUGCAGACAGUGAGUAGAUGCACUCAGCUUAUUGCUGUUGGCGUGAACUGCUGCCCUCCUACCCUAGUCCAGCCUCUUCUACAAUCUGCCAAGGCUCACAGGAAAGGGGACAUCAGCUGGAUAGUCUACCCAAACAGUGGAGAAGCUUGGGAUACCAACACAGGAUGGAUAACCUCAACAAAGGAAGCAUCAUUUGCAGAGCUAAGUUCUGCGUGGGUGAAAGAAGGUGCUUUGUGGAUUGGAGGCUGUUGCCGCAUUGGCCCUGCUGAUAUAGCACAGCUAAAAAGUCAACUGCAUGGAAAACAUUAG